UGUGACUUGACCAUAGCGUACAACUUUCGCCGACUGCGUGACAACAAAUCGUAACCCCAUCACACUCGACAUGCGAUUCAUUGAAAUUGAAAUUUAUUUUGUGUCAUAUGCGACCGACCAUGUCCCAACAUGGCCGUGGGGUGUCCCCUAUGUCAUGUGUGUGAUUAACUGACUCCCAGGGCUGUGUAUCUCAUCAAUUUAUCGCUUCAGUUUCAUACAUAUUUUACUUAUACUCCUCAUCAACAACAAAUGUCUUAUUCUGGCAGAUGUCGUAUAAAUCAGGCCCGGGUGAUGAAUCUGUUUGAUGUUGUGACCAGCAAGUCCCAGUGCGAGAUUGAGGUCAGCUGUUCAUUCAAAAGUUACUUAAAAUCACGGAUACAUUCACUUUCAGUUUUUACUUUUUUAUUGUGGUGUAUUGAGUGCCAAUAAUGAUGAUCACCACGCCCUUGAUGAAUCUUCAUCAUUUCAAAAAUCGUAUUUUAAGGCACGUUUCCGAGAGUGUUGUCAUUCCUUCCCAGUUGGCACUUGGUGGCGAUAUUCUCAGUGACAGUCUGUGCAUCUCCACUUGUCGGGCUAUAUCACUACGCUUCUCACGACAUCUUUAGUUUAUACCGUUACACUAUGACAGCACUAACUAUAGCUAUUCUCUUGAGAGUCUGCGAGAUAUACCCAACACAGAACUUCACUGAAAGUAGGCGUGAAGUGGCUACGUCAUAUCGAUUUUACUCCCCUGCACAGCUAUUCCGGAUGCAAGCGACACCACACAUUGUAUCCGGCUGGAACCGAUUUUGGAUAGCCGCCAUUCAGAAUGGAUAAAGCGGUCUCAAUAUUGCCUCGCAAUACCGAUUUUCGGUGACAAUUUUCGGAUUUUCUGUCCGCCAUUUUGAUUCCUUCCUGGAAAUAUGAUGGAUGCAGCAGGAGACGUGGUUGAUGAGUGGUGUCAGUCUCGCUGUCAGUGCAUUUCAGAAUGAGAUGUCAAAUGGAGGUUGUUGUAAUGGCCACCCAGGAGCACAGCGUAAAGUGUUUCUCUGGGCUGUCCCGAGAAGUAUAUCAACAGCUUUCUUUAGGGCUAUGAUGACAAGCGCAGAUAUAAAGGUGAUGCUGGAACCCUUCGCCAGAUCUUACUACUUCGGUUCACAACGAGUGAGUCAUCGGUACAAAUCGCAACCGAUUAACGAUGGCUGCACAUUCCAUGACAUCAAACUACUCUGUGAGAAGGAGGCCGCAGAUUCACUAGCCCCGACCCUUUUCGUCAAGGACAUGGCCUACUACCUGGUGAACAAGUUAGAUGAACCGACGUAUAUCCCUGAAGGCUUCCAGCACACCUUUCUCAUAAGGAACCCACGGAGGGCAGUCACAUCUCUCUACAAAUUGUCACUGAAUGAGAGUCUCACAGGUUGGGACCACUUCGACGAAGCGGAAGUUGGCUUCAAGGAGCUUGUUCAGAUGUUUGAUUUAGUCAAGAAUAAACUUGGUCAGACUCCGUUUGUGAUUGACGCUGACGACCUUCUCGCCAACCCAGAGAAAAUGCUUCGUGCGUACUGCUCAAAAACUGGUAUCAAAUACGAGGAUUCAAUGGUGAACUGGGAAUCGACACCGCCAGACAUGUCGGUCUUCCAGGAAUGGAUGCCCUGGUUCGAGGGAACACUCAAGUCAACCGCUUUCCGCACCACGCCCAUUCCCCCAAAGAAGUCGGACAUGAUGAAGGGCGGAAUCUUCGCAUUGCCAGAUAAUGUUGAAGCGUGCAUCGCUAAUAACAUGGAUUACUACAAUUAUUUGUACAAGCAUAGGUUGACCUUUGACAACCUCGAUUCGUUCGAUUCUGUAGCCGCCAAUUCGACGUAAAAGUGUGUCGCUACCAAAACUGCCAUCUGCAUCAUGUAAAAACAAAAGUAUGCUCUGCAAUGCAUUCUGACUGCACAUGGUAUACUGCUUCCGCUUUUGAAAAGUCAUGUUUUUUCUAGCUGUCUUUUGUAUGGAAGCACUGAAAAAUGGACAACAACCAAAAGCGUUGCACCGCUGAAUCAGACGAAACAAACCAAGGGCAGUCGGAAUGCGUAUUCCAACCAUAGAGAAUAUUUUGAUGAUAUCUCAAACAUGUGUUUAACCACAAAACGAUUUGCAACACACAGAAUCUGUGAAUCGUUAUGAUUAUGUCAUUACUCGACUAAUGACAGCUUGCUCAAGGCUCUGGUCUAUGGAAUGAAGUGAGGUGAGGUGAAAUGAAAAGUUCGUAUUACGCCUUGGAGAUGACUUUCAACGAAAAAGAAAAAAUUUUUCUUUACAUUUUUAGCGGACAAUUCUUAUGCUACUUGUAACAUUUCGAUCAGAGACGUUCCCUGUUUCUCACUAGACAUUUCUCCACGAUAUCAUGUAACCAUGGUAACUCGCUUCUCUUCAUAGUCCAGUUGAUGGUUAUGAUACGAGUAGGUUUAGUUUACAACUUUAUAAGAAAUCUAGAGUAGGCCUCGGUAACGGAAUAAAUAAACUAUGAAACUGUUGUAUAUGCAGUAGUCGGGUAGAAAAUAGGCUCAUUCAUCAAGAUGGUAAACGUGUAUAGUUUCUGGUAUGUACAUGUAAAAAAUGUACGCUAAGUAAAUUAUUCAGUUCACUUCUCGUUGUGAAGGUUAUGCUGCUAAGUAAUGCAUUUCGUUAUCAAAAGAUCACCCCGAUUUAUCAUCGUCGCGCAACGUUCUAAUUUUCACCGAUUUAAGUAAGAAACUCCAAAAAGUGUAAAUGGUGUUUUAGUGAACAACAGCACUCCUGCGAGAGAUGAUACGAUUUUAUUAAAAAAUGAUUACGCCCUGACAUUUUAUUUCUUUUAUGUGGAAAGAUAUCCACAUCAACAUUUGCUAAAACUAAUGAAUGCGCAAUAUCAUAAAGAAGCCUUGCACUCAAAUGCUUUUUUUAAAUAAAUAAAAAUGAUAACAGUGCCUUGUGGCCGCCGCACAGGCUACUCUAUAGUCCUAUGUCAUGAGCUAAAACCGUGAGGUUCAAGAUGAAGUAUUAAGAGAACAUUAUCCGGCACUGCACUGGUACCUCUAUAGCGGUUUUAGCUAGCAAUUGAUUUCAGCUCAUAUUGAGCUAGCGAUUUGUAUAAAUUCACACAAAGUGUAUAGAUGUAAUUAAGAUGUAUAAGUACGUGCAAUGAACUGUAAAUUGCAUGUAAUUGCAAGACUGGAGAUUUUGCGAAUUGUGAGAUGAACAAUGUACUGCAUAUGUAUGGUAAUUAUGUAAGAUAAGCAAGUGUAUUUAGAACAAAACUAUGACGAGAAAAUGGUGUCAAUACAGUCAGAGUCUUUCUAUACAAGAGACGGGCGGUGUCUUUGAUGUUGAAACCAGUGACCAGACCCUUGUAUAGAAAGACUCUGAUACAGUGUUGCGGUGUCAAUACAGUGUACAAUUCGUUUUAAUGCCAGUGUAUCGUUUCUGUCUUUAUUUUCUUAAGUUAUUCUGCCUAUAAAUGUACAGUAAUCAUUCUUACGUUAUGUGACUAUAGCUAUAUAGCUACCGUCAGUGUUGUUAUAUGAUAUAUUAGCUGAAAGCUAAGAUACAUGUAGGGGUAUGUUGUAGGAGCCAGUCUGAAUAAAAUACGCAUCACAAAAAUCCAAAAUUGAGUUUAUUUUUCCCUUCUAGCUAGAUUCAGUUGGUUGCCCGCUACCAGGCAUGGCCUAAUUCAUGGCCUACUUACAGAGCACCAUCGAAUCAUCGCCCAAUGUUAAGAGAAGCCGCCGUGAACUGCUGGCGCGGAUGAGUGUCGACUAGUGGCCUAGAGCUCCCUACUUCGAACCCCACAUACAGGCGAUCUAAGUCUUGGAAGGUCAUUAUGUCUAACUUGCCUGACGCAGCUAACCUGAUCGAGGCGGAUCUCUCACCAAUUGUUUGAGGAAAGAGCGGGGUUAAUGUGUGAAGUAGGAUGGUCACAUAUCAGACCAUAAACCCCGACUAAGUU